AUGCCGGGAGAGUACACUAUAAAAGUGGACCCAAAUGUGACACCGGUCAUUCACGCACCUCGUCAGAUACUACUAUCACUUCAAGAUAAAGUGAAAGUAGAACUGGACAAGAUGGAAGCAAAUGGUGUCAUAAUGAGCGUUUUUAUCUGGGACCCGAGUUCCGUCUCGAGUCGAGGCUCUCCAGGUAAAAACGCGAGAGUUCCGACUGGGGUUGAUAUCGAGGUCGACCCUGCUCUGGCGCAGGGUUUGUAUGGAUUCAAAAUGGCCGACGGCGGCAGCAGUCAAAAUCUUGUUCUUGUAACUGCAAACAUUGAUGGUACCACUUACACUGCCUUAAUGAGUGAGGAGUUAGCAGAACUGUACAGGUUCCCCCAGUGUGAUCCAAAGACUAGAAAUGUUUUAGCAGAUGCCAUAAGAGCUCAGAAUACUGGGAGUGAAACGCCAUGUACCAGUAAUGAAAGGCCAUGUACCAGUAAUGAAAGGCCAUGUAUCAGUAAUGAAAGGCCAUGUACCAGUAAUGAAACACCUGUUGAAAACGAAUCACCUUGCAGCUCUUCAAGGUCAAGUUUCUCCACACCAGAGUCUACCAGUGCCUCAUCAUCAACAAAUUCAACAUCAGAUCAGUCUAUUCAUAUUUGGACGAUUGCAGAAGAAAAGCGCCUUAUAGACUGCCGAUUAUCAAAAGAGGAAGAUUUUUGCAGUAACAAGUCGCACGACUCCUUGUGGCAAGCUAUUACAAAGGAAUUGAAUGGUGAGGGGAUGAAAUUGACAAAACAGCAGAUAAUUAACAAGUGGAAAAGUUUAAAGAAAAAAUAUAAAGAAAUAAAUGACCACAACUCAAAAACAGGGACAGAUCGUAUGGACUGGAAACAUAAAGAAGCAUUUGAUAGGGCAUAUGGGAAUAAGGCAUCUACAAAACUAAGUGCAUCUUUUGACACAGGUCGACUAAAGGAGUCAACAAAAAGUGAUGAGAGUUUGAAAAGAAAACUUGAAAAGGGAGAUGGGGAAGAAGCAGUGGAGACAAAAGCUGAAUUGCCAAAAAAGAAGAAGAUUAGAUCUAAUUUGAAAAGCGAUUUAAUUGAAAAGUUGGAUGCUCAGAACUUAAAACUGAUGGAUCAAAUGGAAACACAGCACAGAGACAAACUUGAGAGAAUGGACCGAAUGCUCGAUUUGUUUGAAAGAUCAUUGGACAAAAAAUAA